AUGACCCAGGAGUCCAGUAGUGACAUGGACUCUGAUGCUGAGGAUCCAGUGGCAUCCACAGGGGAGACGCCAGGUCCAAGCACCACCGCAGAGCCUGCAGAGGUUCCAGAGCCUGAGCCUGCAGAGACUCCUGAGCCCAAGCUGGUAGAGAUCACUGAGCCUGAGCCUGCAGAGACUCCUAAGCCAAAGCUGGUAGAGAUCACUGAGCCUGAGCCUGCAGAGACUCCUGAGCCCAAGCUGGUAAAGAUCACUGAGCCUGAGCCUGCAGAGACUCCUGAGCCCAAGCUAGUAGAGAUCACUGAGCCUGAGCCUGCAGAGACUCCUGAGCCCAAGCUGGUAAAGAUCACUGAGCCUGAGCCUGCAGAGACUCCUGAGCCCAAACCUGUAGAGGUCACUGAAUCUACAGACUCCUCUGAGCCUAGCCCCAGACAGUUGGAACCAAUAAAUGAGGGCCUGUUGUCUAGAAUCUCGGAUCUCUUGCUGUGCCGAUGGACCUGCCGGAACUGUUGUGAGAAGUGUUAUGACUGCAGCUGUUGCCAAUCGAGUGAAGAUGAAGUGGAAAUCUUGGGGCCGUUUCCAGCACAGACGCCUCCCUGGUUGGUGACGAAUCGAAGUGAGGACAAAGAUGGCGACUCUGACAACACGACGACAAGUGAACCACCUCCAACACCUCAGAAUGUUUCUCCAGACAGAAGAAGGUCCUCUUCUGACACGUCCCGGUCCACUUACAGCCUCACAAGACGCAUUUCAAGUCUGGAAGUAAGGCGGCCAAGUUCGCCGCUCAUGGACAUUAAACCCAUCGAGUUUGGCAUUUUUGGAGCCAAAAAGGAAAUCGUUCAGCCAAGCAUUUUGAGGAAAACCUAUACUCCCGAUGACUAUUUCAGGAAAUUUGAGCCCAGGUUGUAUUCCCUCGACUCGAAUAGCGACGACGUGGACUCCUUGACGGACGAGGAGAUUGUCGCAAAGUACCAGCUGGGCAUGCUGCAUUUUAGCACGCAGUACGACCUGUUGCACAAUUACCUCAUUGUCCGGGUCAUUGAGGCGAAGGACCUGCCUCCCCCAAUUUCCUACGAUGGCUCCAGGCAAGACAUGGCCCAUUCAAAUCCGUACGUGAAGAUCUGCCUCCUGCCGGACCAGAAGAACUCCAAGCAGACGGGAGUCAAGCGUAAGACCCAAAACCCGGUGUUUGAGGAGAGAUACACUUUUGAGAUCCCGUUCUUAGAAGCCCAGAGGAGGACUCUACUCCUGACCAUAGUGGAUUUUGACAAAUUUUCACGUCACUGCGUCAUUGGGAAAGUGUCCAUGCCGUUGAGCGACGUGGACCUGGUGAAGGGCGGACACUGGUGGAAGGCCCUGGUCCCCAGCGCUCAGAAUGAGGUUGAACUGGGAGAACUCUUGCUGUCGCUGAACUACCUUCCCAGCGCAGGGAGACUGAACGUUGACAUCAUUAGAGCAAAACAGCUGCUUCAGACGGAUAUGAGCCAAGGCUCAGAUCCCUUUGUGAAAAUCCAGCUUGUUCAUGGCUUAAAACUGGCAAAGACCAAGAAGACCUCUUGCAUGAAGGCUACGAUUGAUCCUUUUUACAACGAGUCUUUCAGCUUCAAGGUCCCGCAAGAAGAACUUGAAAGUGCAAGCUUAGUCUUUACAGUCUACGGCCACAACGUCAAAAGCAGCAACGACUUUGUCGGGAGAAUCGUCAUCGGCCAGUACUCCACGGGCUCCCCGGAAUCCAAACACUGGCGCCGGAUGCUCAACUCACACCGCACCUCCGUGGAGCAGUGGCACAGCCUCCGCUCGCGGGCUGAGUGCGACCGCGUCUCUCCGGCCUCCCUGGAGGUGACGUGA